GAGACCUGCGGUGGCGCGUUGCGGUGUCUGUCUUCCACGCCACCGGAGUUUAGUUUAGGGGAGCUAAGCAGAAGCCUAAGCAUUUAGCUAUUUUUCGUUAACACAGUUGCUAUUGGAAUUAUAAAACGUAUCUAUAGCACAGUGAUUCUCGAGUCGUGUGUUUUUCAUGCGUUAGUUUACAGAAACCUCUACAGAGUGGAUAAGAAUGAAGUUGCGGGUAAUUCUCCUUUUCCUUUUGGCGAUGUUUGCAAUUUGCCUCGGCACCAUCCCGGCCCCAGGUGAGUUUGUGUCUCUGGCAGAGAUGGAGGAUCUCCUGUUGAGGAAUCUUUUCCAGGGGUACCAGCGCUGGGUUCGGCCGAUCCAGCGGGCCAACGACACUGUCACCGUACGCUUCGGACUUAAGAUCUCACAGCUGGUGGAUGUGGAUGAGAAGAACCAGCUGAUGACCACAAACGUGUGGCUUUGGCAGGAGUGGAUGGAUUAUAAACUUCGCUGGAGCCCUGAGGACUACGGUGGGAUCACAUCAAUCAGAGUUCCAUCUGAGACUAUUUGGCUUCCGGACAUCGUUCUCUAUGAGAAUGCAGACGGUCGGUUCGAGGGCUCCCUGAUGACCAAAGCCAUCAUCCGGUCCAAUGGCCAGAUCACGUGGACCCCCCCGGCCAGCUACAAGUCCGCCUGCACCAUGGACGUGACCUUCUUCCCCUUCGACAGGCAGAACUGCUCCAUGAAGUUUGGCUCCUGGACCUACGACGGCAACAUGGUGGACAUGAUUCUCGUGGACGACUACGUGGACCGGAAGGACUUCUUCGACAACGGGGAGUGGGAGAUCCUGAAUGCCACCGGGACCCGUGGAAACCGGAGGGACGGGAUGUACUCCUUCCCUUUCGUCACGUACUCGUUCAUCCUGAAACGUCUUCCUCUCUUUUACACGCUGUUUCUGAUCAUCCCGUGUCUCGGUUUGUCCUUCCUGACUGUGCUGGUGUUCUACCUUCCGUCUGACGAAGGGGAGAAGCUGUCACUCUCCACCUCCGUCCUGGUGUCACUCACCGUCUUCCUCCUGGUCAUAGAGGAGAUCAUCCCGUCAUCCUCCAAAGUCAUCCCUCUCAUCGGGGAGUACCUACUCUUCAUCAUGAUCUUCGUCACCCUCUCCAUCAUUGUCACGGUGUUCGUCAUCAACGUGCACCACCGCUCCUCCACCACCUACCACCCCAUGGCCCCCUGGGUCCGCGCCCUCUUCCUCCAGAGGCUACCCAGAAUGCUGUGCAUGCGGGGCCACACUGAUCGGUACCACUACCCGGAACUUGCCCCGGAGAGCCCGGAGCUGAAAGCCCGUUCCGGGUGCCGCAGAGGGGGGCAGAGGGGGAGCAGUGGGAUCCGUGGACCGUGUCUCCCGGAGGGGAAGGAGGAUGAGAAUCAGGCCUGGGUCACCAUGCUGGAGAGAGCCACCCGCUCCGUUCACUACAUCAGUCGCCACAUUCGCAAGGAACACUUCAUCAGGGAGGUGGUUCAGGACUGGAAGUUUGUGGCUCAAGUUCUGGACAGGAUCUUCCUGUGGGUCUUUCUCACUGUGUCUGUCCUGGGAACCAUCCUUAUCUUCACUCCUGCUCUUCAGAUAUUCCUUAGUACUCCUCCGCAGUCUGGACCCAGUACCCCUCUCUGACUACAUAACCACUAACCCCAGUCCAACAUUACCUCCUAACCACUCAUCCCUGACCCCAGUCCAAGAUGUCAUCCUUACCACUCACCCCUGACCCCAGUCCAAGAUGUCAUCCUUACCACUCACCCCUGACCCCAGUCCAAGAUGUCAUCCUAACCACUCAUCCCUGACCCCAGUCCAAGAUGUCAUCCUAACCACUCACCCCUGACCCCAGUCCAAGAUGUCAUCCUAACCACUCACCCCUGACCCCAGUCCAACAUUACUUCCUAACCACUCACCCCUGACCCCAGUUCAAGAUGCCAUCCUAACCACUCACCCCGGACCCCAGUCCAAGAUGUCAUCCUAACCACUCAUCCCUGACCCCAGUCCAAGAUGUCAUCCUAACCACUCAUCCCUGACCCCAGUCCAAGAUGUCAUCCUAACCACUCAUCCCGGACCCCAGUCCAAGAUGUCAUCCUAACCACUCACCCCUGACCCCAGUCCAAGAUGUCAUCCUAACCACUCACCCCGGACCCCAGUCCAAGAUGUCAUCCUAACCACUCACCCCUGACCCCAGUCCAAGAUGUCAUCCUAACCACUCAUCCCGGACCCCAGUCCAAGAUGUCAUCCUAACCAUUCACCCCUGACCCCAGUCCAACAUUACUUCCUAACCACUCACCCCUGACCCCAGUCCAAGAUGUCAUCCUAACCACUCAUCCCUGACCCCAGUCCAAGAUGUCAUCCUAACCACUCACCCCUGACCCCAGUCCAAGAUGUCAUCCUAACCACUCACCCCUGACCCCAGUCCAAGAUGUCAUCCUAACCACUCACCCCUGACUCCAGUCCAAGAUGUCAUCCUAACCAUUCACCCCUGACCCCAGUCCAACAUUACUUCCUAACCACUCACCCCGGACCCCAGUCCAAGCAGUCCACCUGAGUUUAGCAGCCAGCCGGUUAUGGUGAGACUGAGCAUGAACAAGCCCCACUGUUGAGCCCUGCUCUGCCUCUCUCAGCCACGCCUUGUAAUCAGCUUCCCAGAGUAGAAAUGCCAUUAGACAUAUUGACAUAUUACAUAGUUCACACUGUGUACAGAAGAUGACGAUUAUAACAAUGGUGGUUCAGUUUGUCUCAAUAGGAUGAACAGAAUUAUGGGAUUCCAUUGAAACGUUGAUAUCAAUUACAAUAUAAUCUCAGUGUUUUCCGCAGGUUGGACCCGCAACAAACUUAGUACUGACUUGUCAUCAUACUCCGCAAAACUGCCACUGCCAGAGUUGUUGCCUUCUGACCAAAGUAUUGUGGUGUAAGUUGUUGUAACUUAGUUUGCCUGUUAGAAGAAUGUUGGGAACAUCUAGGUCGCUUUGAUUAGACGAUCAGUGUUUUAUUUGUUGGGGAAUACGCCAAAGAACCUCAUAAGCUAGGGAUUUUUUGGGGUUCUGUUUAUUCGGGUUCUGUAUGUUUUGAUUCAGUUUUUUUUUUUUGGUUCCAUCUAUUUGAUUCUGUUGGUUUUUCCCUGUUUGUUUGGUUCUGUUGGUUUGGUUUUGCAAUUUCUUUCUGUUGGUUGGGGAGCUUUUUGUUCAGGUUCUAUUUGUUUUAUUUUUUUGUUUGUUGGGUUCUGUUUGUUUGGGUUUUGUUUGUUCUUUUUGUUUGGGUUGGGUCUGUUCCGUAUUGUGGGGGUUUGUUUUGUUUUGUUCUGUUUUAUUUGGCUGUGUCCAUUGUUACUUUUAUUGAACAUCAUAGGAAGUCCCCCCCAUAUGAAGUCAUUAAUGAGAUUUACUGUUAGGGAGUAUGUAAAUGAACCUCUACCAACAAUGUUUUGUUGUUUGAGA